UGUGUUCAGUAAAGUGUCCGUAUCUUGAUGUCUGAUCUCUGCUGUCCACUUCUCUUUUGUCUCCGUGAAUGGUGAUGCACCGACUCAGCCCUCAGGAGAGAUGGUUUGGUUCAUGGAAGGAAUGUGCUUUUUGCCUACUUUUCUGGUAAUCUGGUCAUCGAGUACCUUCAUAAUAUCUUACAUCAUCGCAUUACUUCGACGAGAUGUUGACGUUAUCCUUCCUUACAUUAGUGAUACAGGGGCCACUCCACCUGAGAGCUGUGUGUUUGGAUUCAUGUCGACAAUCACUUCCUUUGCAGCCUUUGCUACUAUGUAUGCUGAAUAUAAAUUUGUGGAGAGAGUGCAUGAGACAACCGGUGCCGUGUCCCCUCAUCUGAACAAGGCUUCUUUUGCUUUUGGCAUCAUCUCUUGUGUCGGCAUGUGUUUGGUGGCGACAUUUCAGGAGACGACGGUGAUGGCUGUCCAUGAUGUGGGUGCUUUACUAUUCUUCCUAUUUGGGGUUACAUACGCUGUUAUCCAAAGCGUGAUAUCGUACCGAGGUCAUCCAUAUGGAUGUUCCAAGCGCGUUUGCCAUUUCCGUGCGUUCUUCGCUGGAGUGGCUGUUCUAGCUGUAUUUCCCACUAUUUUUUGUGCAAUUCCUGUCGGAACAAGCAAACUUCACUGGGACACCAAUGAUAAGGACUACACACUUCAUAUAGUGAGUGUUGCGUGUGAAUGGAUCACCACUUUCAGUUUUGUCUUCUUCUUUUUAACAUACAUCAGAGAGUUCCAGCAAUUCACACUGAAACUGACUGUUAAUUUAAUAGAGUAUUCAUGACCAUGACAUCAUACCGUUACAGUAUGUUUUGGUGUAUUUUUAUACAACUUACUACAUUUUCAUGUUGAAAGACCUGCUAAAGUACUGUGUAAUCAUUUGCAGUGUAUAUUUUGUAGCUUGUAUUUUGGUCUAGAAAAAGGGCAUACACAUUUACUUGAAGUGUAAUAUACUCUAACCAGCUGAUGCCAAACAAUUUAUAAAGCUGUUUGAUAGUGAUUCUCAAUUUAAAAAGCGUUUAUGAUUAACCAAGACAAAAUAGUUGAGCACAUCCAUAUUUGCAUGACUGUCAAUCAAUCUUCGCUUUGGUUAUAGUUUGAAAUUCUUGCUUUGUUUAUGUUGGUUUACUCCAUAAUCAUUCCAAAAAUUCAGGUGAGCAACAGUUGUGUUUUAAUCUUGCACUUUAUGAAGUGGAAUGUAAAAAAAAGUCCAUUGCUUGCACAAUGUGUCUGACUUUGUAAUUGUGAAAUAAAAACA